CCCUUAUUGCUGCCCAAGCACUGCCCUCGGGCAUCUCGAAGCCUGAGGUAGGUGGAGGGGACAGUGUUCUGGAUAGACCUAUUAUGUGAAAGGCAGCUUCACCCAGUUUUCUGGACUCUCAUGCUCGCAUCUCCAACCUGGGAGACUGCAGGAAGAACACCUACCUGGCCUGGUGGGGCUGGCAGGAUGGUGGAGGUUUCUCAAGGAGCUGGAGACCUUGGGGAGCCCCUCUCAGGGAGGAAAGAGCUUCCAGGAUGCGGACGCAGCACAGUGGAAGAGGCCUGCUCCACUUGCCUGGGAACCUGGGCAGGAGGCACAGAGGAAGCCACGGCCUGGAGCUGCAGGUCCCCCGGCACCUCUCCCUGUCCCAGCGGCCCAGGAUGGCCUGGUGCCCCCACCUGCUGCAGCAGGAGCCCCAAGGAGUGCUGGCCAAGGGCGGUUGCUGGGGUGGUCCUCAUGGACAGUGAGGUGUGCAGGGGUGCACUGAGGGUGGUGGGAGGGGAUCACCUGGGUUCCAGGCUGUCCUUGCCGAGCAUCUUUGAGCCUGCCUCCUGGUGGAAGCAGAAAAGGCCAGACCCUGCUGAGUUAGAGGCUGCUGGGAUCCACUCUGUCCACACAGCGGGAGGGCUGCUGGGAGCAGGUGGUAGAGAAGUGCCAUGUUUGAGUUGAGUCUUGCAGCUCUUCCAGCUGGGGACUGGUGCUUGCUGAAACCCAGGAGCUGAACAGUGAGGAGGCUGUCCACCUUGCUCGGCUCACUGGGACCAGGAAAGCCUGUCUUUGGUUAGGAUCGUGUACUUCUGCAGGAAAAAAAGAAAAAAAAAAAAAAAAAA